CCGUCCUCGGCCUGCCUUCCCCGGAGGAGCUGGAACGUUGGCCGCGGGUUCCGCCGCCUCGGGAGCCCUCGGAACGCUGGGUCCAGCCGCGGUGGUAGCGGCGGGGGCGGCGGCGGCGGGCCUCCCGCGCAGCCGCGAUGCUGAGCUCCCGGGCGGAGGCGGCGAUGACCGCGGCGGACAGGGCCAUCCAGCGCUUCCUGCGGACCGGGGCGGCCGUCAGAUAUAAAGUCAUGAAGAACUGGGGUGUCAUCGGCGGGAUUGCCGCUGCCCUGGCAGCGGGGAUAUACGUGAUUUGGGGUCCCAUUACAGAAAGAAAGAAGCGUAGAAAAGGGCUGGUGCCUGGCCUGGUCAACUUGGGGAACACCUGCUUCAUGAACUCCCUGCUGCAGGGCUUGUCCGCCUGCCCCACUUUCAUUAAGUGGCUGGAAGAGUUCACCACCCAGUACGCUCGGGGUCAGAAGGACCCCGCCCAGCACCAGUGUUUGUCCUUAACACUGCUGCGCCUCCUGAAAGCUUUAUCCUGCCAAGAAGUUACUGAUGAUGAGGUCUUGGAUGCGAGCUGCUUGUUGGACGUCUUAAGAAUGUACAGAUGGCAGAUCUCCUCAUUUGAAGAACAGGACGCUCACGAACUGUUCCAUGUCAUCACCUCGUCACUGGAGGAUGAACGGGACCGCCAGCCCCGGGUCACACAUUUGUUUGACGUGCACUCCCUGGAGCAGCAACCUGAAAUUACUCCCAGACAGAUAACCUGCCGCACCAGAGGCGCUCCUCAUCCCACAUCUAAUCACUGGAAGUCUCAGCACCCUUUUCACGGAAGACUUACUAGUAACAUGGUCUGCAAGCACUGUGAACACCAGAGUCCCGUUCGAUUUGAUACCUUUGAUAGCCUUUCACUAAGUAUUCCAGCUGCCACAUGGGGUCAUCCACUGACCCUGGACCACUGCCUUCACCACUUCAUCUCGUCGGAAUCAGUGCGGGACGUCGUCUGUGACAACUGUACGAAGAUUGAAGCGCAAGGGACAUUGAGCGGGGAGAAGGUGGAACACCAAAGGACCACUUUUGUCAAACAGCUGAAACUAGGGAAGCUCCCCCAGUGCCUGUGCAUCCACCUCCAGCGGCUGAGCUGGUCCAGCCACGGCGCGCCCCUGAAGCGGCACGAGCACGUGCAGUUCAACGAGUUCCUGAUGAUGGACAUCUACAAAUACCGCCUCCUCGGACACAAGCCGGGUCCCCGCAGCCCCCAGCCACGCGACGACGCGGGGCCCUCGCUGGACCUGCAGGACGGGCCGGCGGCCCCCAGACCAGGUCGGAACCAGCCUGGGGGCUGCAAAACACAGAUUUUCAUGAAUGGCGCCUGCUCCCCGCCUUUCUUGCCCACCCUGCCAAGCCCGGUGCCCUUCCCUCUCCCAGCCGUUCCCGACUACAGCUCCUCCACGUACCUCUUCCAGCUGAUGGCGGUUGUCGUGCACCACGGAGACAUGCACUCCGGACACUUCGUGACCUACCGGCGGUCCCCGCCCUCGGCCAAGAGCCCUCUGUCCACCAGCAACCAGUGGCUGUGGGUUUCUGACGACACCGUCCGCAAGGCCAGCCUGCAGGAGGUCCUGUCGUCCAGUGCAUACCUGCUGUUUUACGAGCGCGUUCUCUCCAAGAUGCAGCACCAGGGGCGGGAGUACAAGUCCGAAGAAUGAGCCUGCGCCAGCCCCAAAGCUAGAGCUGAUGGCACUGUCCAACUGUGUGUGUCUGUGCGUGUGCGUGUGCCUGCGAGUGUGUGUACUGUACGCAGCUCCACUAGACUCCUCCAGCCUCCUGGUGUGUUCUUAGAGCAGGUUUCACACGGGAGCCAGAGGCCCCGAUUCAAACCCAAUCCGGCUCCCCACACUGCCCGCUGGUGUGCGCUGGAGGGCACUGUUGCCCUGUUAGGAAGGCAGUCCUUCUGUAUAGAGCGUCUCGUUACUCAACUGAUACAGGUAAUUAAAGAAACCAGACUCUGGAAGCCCCUUUUUUGUACCCCGCUGUGUUAGGUGUUCUCAGAGGGGAGUUAACUUUGUCUGAGCCCCUGAUGUUUCAGCAUAGAUCUCUUACUUUUAAUAAGCUGGCCCGUAAAAAUGGUUGAAUUAGUGAAAUUAUUAAAGGCAACAAUUUCGAAGAAAAAGUGCCUUUCACUUUUCAAUCGCUUUUGUAGCACAUGCCUUCUGGAAAAAUCCACAUUGUCAGAGAGUCACAGAAACAAGUUUUUGGAAAGCUCUGUUCCUCCCAAAGUUAACUGAACAGAGAGCGAAAGAAGAGUUAAAGAUGCCUAAAGCCUACCGCCUUCCCUCCUUUUUGUAUGUCUUUUUAUAACCUUUCAAUUCUUCGUAUAUAGUAAAAGCUCAUUUCCAAAUCUGCCCCUCGAGGAGGGCCUCUCACCGCUUGGUCAGUGACCGGUGAACCGCUUUCUGGCUGCUCCUGUUUUUCGUACAGCGGACUUGGAGAUGCGGGUACCGCGUCCCAUCGGGCAUGUGAACAGCCGGAACUCAGCGGCCUCCUGUCUCGCUUACGACUCCUCUGCUCCGUGGGAAACCCUUUCUCACACACAGAUCCCCCAUGGACAGUGAUUCUCAUCCAUGUAUUCACCGCCCACGCAGAGCUCUUAAGGUUUACAGGCGGGGCCAGCAGGGGCUGGGCCACAAAGACAAUCCUGGCCUCCCUCUGAGAGCCAGAUUCAGAACAGAGGGCCCUGGCCCCAGGGCUGCAGCCUCUCUGGACCUCAGUUUCCUCGUCUGUAAAGUGAAGAGUUAAACUCGACGACCAUCGGAGUUCCAGGCCUUCCCACAAAGAACAAGAAAGAAGUUUUAGAAAAACACCGUUUAAACAUAGAACUCCAGCUAAUACCUAGUACUGUCGCUCUGUCGCAGGUCCACACUCCCAGUGCAUUCAGUUCCGGCAGCCUCACACAAAAAGACUACUGAGCGUCUCCUCCCCCUCCAGGUAAGUCUCACGGAUGCAGCCCAGGGCCAAAAGAAUUUUGACAUCACAGCGGUCUGUGUUUUA